UGAAUGAAGCUUGGUGGCUGUGAUCGUCGUUGGCGUCAAGUUGGAUACUUCGCAUCGCAAGAUUUUCGUUUAAAUUCUUUUACGAUAUUAAUGAUAUUUUAUUUUUACUCACAAUGUCAAAGGCAAAAGUUUCCGCAGAAUGGAGAAAACGUGUGAAAUCGGAAUACAUGCGAUUGAGGCAAAUAAAGAGGUAUAAACGAGCGGACGAAGUGAAAAUUGCGUGGAAUCAGAAUCGCAAGGUUAUGACUGAGCUUCUUAUAACCGAACAAAAACGAUGGGCGGAUGGAAAAGCAAUGUGGCUUGCUAUGCAUGAUAUUCCACCUCAUGUAUCUUGCAUGAAAAAAGCAGAGGUGACUAGUUCCGACGGUGAAGUACAAACAUGUCCUGUUAAAAUAAUAAAUGCUGUUACUCCAAUACCUACAAUGUAUACAUGGGCACCGAUACAACAGAAUUUUAUGGUAGAAGAUGAAACUGUAUUACACAACAUUCCUUACAUGGGAGAUGAAAUCUUAGAUCAAGAUGGAACUUUUAUCGAAGAACUUAUUAAGAAUUAUGACGGAAAGGUACACGGAGAUAGGGUAUCUGGUUUUAUGGACGAUUCUAUUUUUGUCGAUUUAGUAAAUGCUUUAGUUAAUUAUGAAAGAGACGAUAAAGAAAGAGAACAUACUAAAAAAGGAAAAGAAUCUAAAGAAAAAGAAGAUCAAAAGGAUGAUGACAAAGAUAAUAAGGACGAUGUUAAAGCAGAAGUAUCGGUGGAAAAACCAGUAGAAGAUUCGAAAGCUCAAGCUACACCAUUCCCAUCCAUGCACAUAUUUAAUGCAAUAUCUAGCAUGUUUCCUGAUAAAGGCAGACCCGAAGAAUUAAAAGAAAAAUACAUUGAACUAACAGAAAGAUCAGAUCCAAAUGUAUUGCCACCAGAAUGUACUCCUAACAUCGAUGGUGUAAAUGCAAAAAGUGUACCAAGAGAGCAGACUAUGCAUUCGUUUCACACGCUCUUCUGUAGAAGAUGCUUCAAAUAUGACUGCUUCUUACAUCCAGCCAGGGGGACCUCGCCGCAAGGUCUUCAAGUCUGCCAUCCAGGACCAAAUUUACUCAAACGAAAAGGUCCGGACUUGAGGCCAUUUUCUGAGCCCUGUGGAACAGAAUGUUAUAUGCAUUUGGAAGGUAUGAAAGAAAAACUUGCUGCACAAGCAGCAGAUAUAAAAGAUGAAGAAGGAGAUGAUAAAAGAGGUGGUCCUAGAAAAGUAAGAAAACAAGCAAGUGUGGAUUCUGGAAAUGAAGCAAGUAGCGAAGACAGCAAUGACAGUAAUAAAUAUAGUCAAGGUGGUUGCUGUCAAGAUUUCAAACAAAAUGUUAAUAAAGAAGUUAAAUCCGAAGAAAUGAUGGAAGAUCAAGCUCAGCCAGAAAAUCAAGCUCCUUUCACUUUAUUAGGUCUUGAUAAACGAGUCAAGACGGAAAGUGAGUUAUCAUGGACAGGUUCUGAACAGAGUCUUUUCAGAGCUUUACAUAAAGCUUUUCCUGGGAAUCCUUGCGCAUUAGCACAAAUUAUGUUGACUAAAACUUGUCAGGAAGUUUAUCAAUUCGCUCAGAAAGAAGCUUCAGACAUUCCAGCGGUAGAACAUUUAAAAGAUUUUACACCUCCACGAAAGAAGAAGAAGAAACAUAGACUUUGGUCGAUGCAUUGCAGAAAGAUACAAUUAAAAAAAGAUUCUGGUGCCAAUCAUGUCCACAACUUCGCACCGUGCGAUCAUCCUGGCCGUCAAUGCGAUAAUUCUUGUCCAUGUAUACAGGCGCAAAACUUCUGCGAAAAAUUCUGUCAAUGCAGCAGUGAAUGUCAGAAUCGAUUUCCUGGCUGUAGAUGCAAAGCUCAGUGUAAUACAAAACAAUGUCCUUGCUAUCUAGCAGUAAGGGAAUGUGAUCCUGAUCUUUGUCAAACAUGUGGUGCUGAUCAAUUUCAAAUUACUAAAAUAUCAUGUAAAAAUGUUAGCGUUCAACGUGGUCUUCAUAAACAUCUUUUAAUGGCACCAUCCGAUGUAGCUGGUUGGGGAAUCUUUUUAAAAGAAUCUGCUGCCAAGAAUGAAUUUAUUUCUGAAUACUGUGGAGAAAUUAUAAGCCAAGACGAAGCUGAUAGAAGAGGAAAAGUAUACGAUAAAUACAUGUGCAGUUUUCUAUUCAAUCUAAACAAUGAUUUUGUAGUAGAUGCAACGCGCAAAGGAAACAAGAUAAGAUUCGCAAAUCAUUCGAUAAAUCCUAAUUGUUAUGCCAAAGUUAUGAUGGUUAAUGGUGAUCAUAGAAUAGGUAUUUUUGCAAAAAGAGCUAUUCAGCCAGGGGAGGAAUUGUUUUUUGAUUAUAGAUACGGUCCAACUGAACAACUCAAAUUUGUUGGGAUUGAACGUGAAAUGGAAUUUCUUUGAAGUGAUACUUUGAAACUAUUCUUUUAAAAACUUAUGUACGUGCAUCGAUAAGUUCCUUUUUAGUUCAAGUUUAUUGAAAAAGAAAACAAAACAAAAAGAGAAAAACUUAUUCCAUUAUUAUCAAAAUCGACAGUAUUUGAAUAUCGAUAGACUCAAUCUGCCUGCAUAUCAAAUAGUUUUUGAAACAAAAAAAUAUGUAAAAAGAUCUUUGAAUAUGUGUGUUGUGUCUGUGUGUAUGGAUAUGUGGUCGCUUAUGUAUGAAUGGGAAUAAGUAUGUGAUUUCUUAAGACGCCUUUUUCAAAUAAAAGUUUCAUCGGUA